CAUAGGUCUUUAUGUUAUUGUAACUGGGCUUAAAAACGGGGUGGGUGCAAAAGACUAGACAGAGUACUAUUUUGCUCAGAUGUCAUAAUUGGCGACUGCAAGAUUAUUAAAAAAAAAAAAAUGGAAUUCCUGAAAUCUAUGGUGGUGUUUCUCAGCAAAUGAAUUUUAGCAAAUUCAUUUAGCUGGGAGUCGGAUAACAACAACCACAAAUCUCAGUCUCUGACAGAGUUAUAUAUAUUGUGCCUCGUAGAGUAUUCAGCGUGCAAUAUGCAGCUUUUAAUCGUUUAAGAUGCCGUGCAACACUUUCGGCAGUCAUUGAGAAAGAGGAAAAAAUAGGUUAUACUACGACAGAGCUAAAGUAAAAACGCAAAUUAACUUUAAAUCCGAUGAGCUAGUUAAUGAAAAACAGGAAAGUAAAGCCAAGGGCAGUUGCAGUUUUUGCAAAUGCAGCACGAAAGAAAGGACAGCAAAUUGAAAUAUGCCAGUAAUAUUUUGUUGUUAGUUUUAUUCUGGGCUGUAGGAGAUGGAUCAAGACAACCUUUCCGUGGUCAUACAUUCUGCUGGAAAUCUCAGACUGGUAACACUGUCUUAGUACAGUCUAGUGUACUUUUACUAAUCAAAAGUAACACCGGUGGUUUUCUUUAUCGUUUAUUUCGUUGAGAAGAGUGUAGUAAUACUGGAAAGGCUUCACUCGACUUCCUCAUUAUCACAUCAUAAAUACAUAUCCUGGAAAUACUCAGACAAAAACCAGCUGAGACAGUAGAGCAUUUACCCUGCCAGAAUUGGACCGGAGGCUUCUCUAGGACUGAACGGAUCCUGAGGGAUCAAUUCCUAUUGGGCCUGAGGGAAGGAGAUCUCUUUCAAGAGCUCAAGCACCAGCUAAAUGGAGCCGUCCGUGGGACAUGGGAGGCUGUCUUCCAGGACUGCCAACGGGUUCGGGCACAGUCCACUGCUGCUGAGGUCCGAGGGGUAUUGCGGCCAGCAUAUCGCCACCCAGUUAAAGUGCCAUCCCAGAGUGACAUGAUGCUAUGGGCUAAAGUCCUCUCGAGAGUGAAGAGCGGACAGUGUGUACUGGUGGAACCUCUGAACCAGAUGGGAACAGUAUAUGAAGCAAGAACCAUUGGUCUGGUAAAGUGUGGCCGUGUCCCAGUCCGGGUAAGGAACCUUAACCCAUUCCUUAUCUCACUAGGCCGGUAUCAAUGCCUUGCAACUAUGACCGGUAACCCUGUGGAGGUGAAGGGGCCUGACGACCUGGAGUUGACCACUGUGAGCCCUGGCGUGCUGGAAGUUGGUGUUCAGAGUGUUGGCACAGAAGCGGGACAGCAGGAGGCCUUGACGAAAAUGGCUCGGCAGGGAGGAGGGCUUUCCAAAAAGAGCUGUCAUCUUUCCUCCAUAAGUGGGGUGGUGUGUUUGCUUUUCACUGGUUCUUUUUUUAUAGCCAGUUUUUGUGUUCAGUUCCUGAACCGGGACCACAUGGUAGGACAACAAUAAGUAUCUUUUUAUUUCUAUAAUCAGUUUUUUUUUUUGUUUCCUGUUCUUUAAUAGCAGCACUGUUUAUUAUAUUGACACAAAAACUGGCUAAAAAAAAGAUCCAGUGAAAGUUUUUGCAUGUGUGUUUGGUUCCCAGCCAGCAAUAGAAAUUGGUGGUCUGUAACAAAAAACAAACAAAAAAAAACCCCAACAGAGUUUGCUCCACAGAUGUGCAAUGGACCAAAUGUUUGCACUAACAGUUUCGCUAGUGCAAACGUGCGGCUGCACUCUGAGGGCAUCUGUGGAUCUGACGUUCAUUACUGGCAGCACGGCAGGGAUCGGAGACUUUGUGCUGAAGAGGCCGAUGGUACUGGGAGACGAGGCCUCAGGACAGGUUCUCAAAGUAGGAUCCACUGUGGAGCAUCUCAAACCAGGCUUCCAGAUAAUGUGACCUUCAAGAAAGGAGCUUUGAUCGAGCCACUGUUGGUUGGAAUCCAUGCCUGCCGGAGAGCAGGGGUGACUCUGGGCAGCACAGUCCUUGUCUGUGGAGCGGAUCUGUCUGCCAAUUGGCUGAAGAAAGCCAAAGAGUUGGGGGCUGAUUUUGCUGUGCAGGUGCAAGGAGAGACACCACAGGAAUUGGCCCAGAAAGUGGAGGUUUUGCUGGGCUGCAUGCCAGAGAUCACUAUUGAGUGUACCGGAGCGGAAUCCUGUAUCCAAACUGGCAUUUAUAUGGCUGAUGGCAAUCGCAAUGUUUGCUUCCAAGAAAGUGGACGUGAAGCCCCUGGUCACCCAUCGCUUCCUGCUGGAGCAGGCUCUUCAGACGUUUGAAACAACAAGGAAAGGGCUGGAAGUCAAAGUGAUGCUCAAGUGUGACAAGAGCGAUCAGAACCCGUGAAGGGAGCGCAGUAGAAAGCCAAUAGAGACACAGUGCAGAGGGAGUCUUGAGACUAGAAUAACCUUAUGCUUAUGAUAGAGAAAUCGAGCCAGGUGUCACAGUGAAUCGACUUGUCCUAAACAAUAUCAGUGCAGCUUUUUGAAGAUUCAUUGUACUGUAAAGAGUAAGAUUCUGGAGCGUCUAAUUCUGUAAAUGGGGCUUCUAAAUUUAUAUUCAUGAAUGUCAUUGUUAAUUCUAGAGAAAUGUCAUUGCAUGUUAUAAGAAAUGCAUCACCUUAUUGCUUUGCUAAUUAGUGUGCUUUGCAAGGACAGGGCACAUAACUCAGGCUUUUUUAUUGUGACAAAUCCAUUAAGCAGAUAUGAGAAUGAAUUCUCUGAUCACGCAGCAAAUCUGCACCUGCAUCGUUCUUGACUGUAAGAAUCAUAAAUGUCAUGUUGAACAUUGCAAAUAUCUGUUAAUCUCUAGUUUAAUGAAAUAAUAAUUAGGGCUUUAACUUUUUGGUUUUUAUUUUCCAAAUCUCUACCUCCCUUUAAAUGUGAAUUAUUCAUUGUUA